AUGCAGCAGCUGCAGCUUUGGCGCCUUCUAGCGUCGCUCUUUGUGCUGUCAGGGACCAGUGCAGUCUCUGUGUCUACCCAUACACAAGCUACAGACGCUCCUUGUGAACCUUCCGAUGUGUUGUGGCUGUGGAGUGGCGCACUGACGUCCCGAUCCAUCACGUUCAAGUUCGGGUUACGCGAGGGUUACACUUGUGCAGAUGCCGAUUUCGUGCUGUACGCGUUCCCCGAGUUGCUGGAAAACGAGAGACCGCACUCUGCUAUUGCGAUGUGCAGUGGAGUCGACGGAGGAGAAGCGGGUGAGGGAGAAGAGCGGAGUCCGUCGUCGUACGAGACACCGCACGUGCAGCAGUGUAACCUGUCCGCACUCCCACAUCGUGAUCGAGAGUAUCGCUACGAACUGACGCUGGUCCAAUCGGGAACAGUCGCCAGAAGUGGGCGAUUCCGAACCCCCAAAAGAGAAGGCGCGGCUUACAAUUACCGCGUGGCUUUUGCUUCCUGUGCUGACGAACAGUCGGACCCACGGGUCUUUGAAGCCAUCAAGAACGAGAAGGCACUGUUGUUCAUGCACACGGGAGAUCUGCACUACCAUAACCUGGUAGUGAACGAUGUCGCUGCAUUCCGAGACGGGUACGACUCGAUCUUUGCCUCGCCUGCUGGAGAAGCUAUGUUGGCGAUGGAUCUGCCGUUCGCGUACAUGUGGGACGACCAUGAUUUUGGUCCGGACAAUAGUGACUCGACUGCUCCUGGUCGAAACGCUUCAGUGCAAGCUUAUCGUGAAUUUGUCCCGCACUAUCCGUUAGUGGGAGGACGUUCACGGACAAGUACAGUGCACCAAGCUUUUACGAUUGGUCGAGUACGCUACAUCCUUACGGAUCUACGAUCUGCUCGAACGCCAAAUAAAGCUCCUGCUGCGCCGACCAAGACAGUGCUGGGCAAAAAGCAGAAGGCGUGGUUCAAGUCGGAGCUCGUUCGUGCGACGAGUGACCCGGAUGUUCGACUGAUUGUCUGGGUCAAUACGAUGCCGUGGCUGGACGAUGAGCGAAAAUGGGGGCAGUUUGUUCACGAGCAGCAGGAGCUGGUGAAUUAUAUCAAGGCUCACGGCCUUAACAAAUGGGUUCCGAUUGUCAUUGUGAGUGGAGACGCACACAUGUUGGCAGUGGACGAUGGACGCCAUAGCCCCGGAAACCUGACGGUACUCCAUGCUGCCGCGUUAGGACGUCCAGGGUCAAUCAAAGGCGGACCUUACAGUCAUGGUGCGUUUGCUGGAUCAGGCCAGUACGCUGUGAUGGACAUUACUGAUGAAGGGGGCAAGCAUGGACGUGUGUGCAUUUACUAUCGGGGCAUGAACAUUGUCAAAGGCAUGCUGAUCGAGUAUAACACUUGUCAUCCGGAACGCACACCUUCAGUGGCGCCGUACUAUCCACCUCCGAUCCCAGUGCGCAUCGCGAUGCGAAUUUGGAAGAAAGCAAAGAGAUAUGGCGGUAUCGCAGCUUUAGCAGGAGCUCUAGUUGUUGGUUUUCUCGUCUGGAGGAGCAGGCGCCAGCGCACUCUUCGCACCAGGAAGUACAGCUAA